AUGAAUGACGACCGAAAGGAGGAUAGGCAUCACUUUCGUUGGCUGUGGAUGGGGCUUUGGGUGCGUUGGCAGGCUGCUAAAUGGAAGCUGCCCUUGCCACGGUUGAUGGCUACUAUUGGGUUGUCAGCAUUGGCUUUGCCUGUGUUGUUUCAAUCCAUUCGUUGGUCGGGAAUCGCGAACAAUCGUGUCUUCUUGGAAGCGAAGGCAACUGAUGAUUCUCCUGCCAUCACCAAACCACAUCAUCGGGCAUUCCUUCUUCCAGACAAUUACAACAAACAUCGCAACAGCAACGAUGAAGAGUACUCGAUCCAACUAUACACGUACUUGGAUUCGCCACCGGUCGAACGUUUUAGGCUUUCUGGCCUCGAUGAGGAUGAAUUCGACGGGUCCCAAGAUCUGCAAUUGCAUCGAAACUUUCGAAACUAUUUCUAUUCGGCACUACGCAAUGGCUAUCAACCACCUAUCGUCAUCCGAGCAGACAAAGGGAAGAGUGCCUGGAAGGAUGGGCAACCCGAGUACCUGCGAUGGCAGGUUCGCAUGGAACAAUACCUACAGGUGGCACAACAAACUCAGCGCAAUGGAGGUAACAAGUCUCUCCUAUUGUUUUCAGACUCAUUGGAUGUCAUUGUCAUCUCACCUGUACAGCAAAUCUCCAGUGCAUUCCAAAGGAUUGCCCCACAAGCUGACAAGGCUAUCCUUUGUGCUGAACCUCUCUGUGACACAGUAUAUUGUAAAACAGAUAUGGCAGCCAAACAGUUUGUUGAUCAACAAGCACCAUCCCGGAAAAACAAAUUCCGAUACCUCAACGCCGGUGUGAUGCUCGGGACACCCCAAACACUUGUGUCUAUCUUUGAAUGGGUCUUGCCUUACAUGAAAGAACACAAGGUUGAUGAUCAGGCAGCCCUGGUCAAAUUUUGGCAGCAAAACCCUAACAAGAUCACACUUGACUAUGAGUCAGAGAUUUGUGGAAUCAUUUCUCCAGUGCCACAAUUCUUGGCACGAGACUGGGAUUACAGUCCUCUCAUAGAGGGCUUGUUGGACAGCAGUGCUGAUCAUGCUAAGCGGGCUCAUGAAUACGUACUCCAUGGUUUUGCGACAAAACAAGAUCAAGGCUUCAUGCGCAAGUAUUCCCACAAGCGACCAGGCCUCUUGCAUUUUGCGGGGGUCAAAUACCUUGAUGAAACUUACAAUAAACUUGCCAGGUACAAUCGUUGUCAGCAACACUUACUCCAUGUGUACAAUGUGCUGGGGAGAGUGCUCUUGAUGACAUCCCAAGAGGAUAAGGAAGUGCCCAGGGACAGUCGCAACAGCAUCAGUACAAAAUCUUUCCCACAAGAUCAUCAGCCGAAACCAGCAAAGCGCCGUGUGGUUGUUUCUUUGACAACGACUCCUCCCCGCAUCAAAGGCAUCUUGCCGGUAUUGCUCAGUCUCAAACGGCAAUCUAGGGUACCGGACGAGAUAUAUUUCAAUGUUCCGCAGUAUUCCAAGCGAUUCAAUCAAGAGUAUGUCGUUCCAAAAGCUCUUCAAAAGCUCUCGUGGUUGACCCUCAACAUGGACUGCGAAGAUUAUGGUCCCGCGACCAAACUCAUACCAACGCUAGAAAAAGAAACGGAUCCAGACACUCUGAUAAUCAAUGUGGAUGAUGAAUACAUCUAUCCGCCAGAUUUAGUCGAAUCACUUUUGCACCAACACCUUAAGGCACCCUACAUUGCCUUUGCCAACGCAGGGCAAAUGAUUGACACAGAUCACUUCUCGUCCACGGGUGUUCGAGUGCGUUCUGCAUGCCGUUAUGACACGAGUCAAUGGAAGAAGCAGUUGGCCGCUGUGGACAUACUGGAAGCAUUUCAAGGAGCAAUCUAUCGAAGGGAUUUUUUCUCACUCGAAUCAAUCAAGAACAUUCCCAGCAAUUGCUUGACAACGGACGAUAUUUGGAUUUCGGCAGAGCUUGCCAAGAAGGGGAUAACACGUGUUCGAAUUCCGUACACACAGAUUGACACAUUGGCAGAGGAUGCCAUGAGUGUUGACAAACUAGCACCACUCCGAGCUAACAAUGUGUUUGGAGAAUCCAAGAAUGACAGGUGUGCUUUGGAACUCCUUCCACAUUUCCAAAAAUCGUGGCGCCAAACAAUGCAGCGCAUUCCCAUGGGCUUUGAGUGGCUUGAUUAUCCCAAAGCGAUGCCCCAAAAUGCAUACUAUGAUGAAGAGUAUAAUGUCGAACGCGUCACUUCUCCCUGUUCCAUGCCAAUUGAAUGA